GCCGCUGUUCCUCCGUCAAAUCACUGCCUUACGCACGAUAGGCGUGACAAGCAGGGCAAUUCGUCAGGAUGCACGCAACUUCUAUGCCUCAACAGACCUUCUUCUUUUCAGCGACAGUAUUACGGACCUGGGGUGCUUCGGCGUCUUUGGGAAGAUACUGCAGAAAACCGGUCCUGACGACGACGCAUUUGUUCCUUCCAUUCUAUUCAGAUUGCAACUUCGUCCUAUGGACUAUGGCCGUCAAGGGCGCUUGACUUUCCGGAGCUUCCUCUCUUCUCUGGUCCCAUGCAGCAAGCUACGGUACUUCAAUAUAGAUCUCGUAGUCUGCCAUGUCUUUGGACCAGAUCUGGACGCACUAAAGGAUUUAUUUCUGUAUGAUCAAGAGCCACGCUUCCAUGGUCUGGAAAAGACUGCCAAUAUCGACGAGGCACCGACCGAUAACAACGCAUUUUUGCAGUUUGCAUUCAGUGGCAUGCGCCAGAUCGCGCCCUGGGUCAUGAUUGAAGAGCGCUUAGAAGCCAACAACGUAUACGGCAUCCGCAAAGGCGCCGACAAGCGCAAGCUCGGCAAGCUCUUUGUCAACAUCGAAUAUCCUCCUUUGCCGCGUCAGAGUGCUGGAGAUAAGAUCAUGGACUUUGAGACAUGGAAGCUGUGGUCUGACACAACCGCGUUCAAACUUCGAAUCACCGAGUGACAAGGAGCACAUAGAAAGCACUCAAAAACGAACCUGUAGGGAUGAUUGCCAACGCUCUGGCCCAAUCUUUAGAGUCGUGUGGGACCGUUGCAAUUACGUCA